AUGCGGCCCUCCUGCGGCCAAUGCAUAAUCCGAGGUGUGACUUGUAAAGGAUACCCAAAUGUCUUGAACAUCCGCUUCGAAGACCCCGGAGCCAAAUAUUCGGAAUCAUCAAUUGCUCAUGAACCAGAGUCCAAAGGUCGCGCGAUUGUGCUUCGCAAAACACCUCCAGAUAUUGCAUUGUCUAUCCUGCCGCAAGCAUGCAAUGCAACAGCCUUUCGACAUCAGAUGUACGGCUGCUAUCUCGAAGAAUACUUGCCCCGUUCUUCUGGAAAAUGGCCAGAUCUUCAGACUGAUUUACAAAUCCUACCAUGCACUUCAUGGUUGCACACGGCAAAUGCCGUGCCGUCAACGAAUCUCAUGCUCACCGAUGCAUUGAUGGCCUUGUCCUUGUCACAUCUCGGCCAAUCCGAGCACAAGAUCGAGUUCCUCGAGCAAAGCCAGACAUCGUAUUUUCGAGCUGUGCAUGGACUCAACAAAGCCUUCGAACGAGAAGAACGAGUCCUAGAAGAUGAUACUCUGGCGACCGUCAUGGCCUUGAGUAUCUACGAGAUGAGCAGUUUCAAACAACCAUACUAUGUCAACUGGCGCGACUUCCGAUCCCAAAUGCAAGGUGCCUCAGGUACACGUGCACAAGGCUGGAUUUCCCAUAUCCGAGGGGCACAAGCCCUGGUGCAGAUGCGAGGUCAGCAAAACUUCUCCAAUGCCUUUAGUGAAAAACUAUUCCUGGGUACGCGGUUGACGGAGUUUAUUUCAGCAAUUGGAAGGCGGAAGGCGAGCCCGAGUGCUCUCCUAUGGUCGACCGUGCACACAUGGUCCGGAACAUCUUCCCAUGUCCAGCUAUUCGAAAUUCUACAAGCAUUACCUGGGAUCAUGGAAGUCGCAGACAAAAUCACACCUCCAGAUGAUCCAGUCGAAAUGUCUGCAGAUGAGCAAAGCAUGUAUCAGACCCUUUUCGACUCGCUGUCUACUCAGACAGUUCAGUUGGAAGGACAAUUAGACGCCUGGUAUGCGACCUUGAAGUCCCAAAAUCAGCACCAUUAUGGCGGAGAGCUCUACUACAAAUCUCCAUCCACACUGUAUCAGCAACUUCCAAGGGAUAGCCCGAUCAGAGAUUUGCCGUUCAACUAUUUUCUCUGCUUUGUUGACCCCGAUAUAGCUCAGCAAGUCGUCCUUCACUGGGCUGGGCUGGUCUUGCUCCGAAGUACGCAUUGGCUCGCCAGGGGUCGUCUAGCGCGCGCAGGACUUCUUUCCCUUCUUUCCACUAUGGAUAGCCAACCAAUUGCACUCAGCUCGAUACCUCCGACCGGGCAUACAAAGCGGCCUCCGCCACCGGAAGCACUCCUGAUUGCACAGUCUCUUGAAUAUUUUGUGCAUCCGGACAUGGGCUUCCUGGGACUGAACUUUAUUGGGUUUCCAAUGGCGGUGGCUCAAGGACCAUUGGAGUUCUUGCAAGCUCCCGAAGUGGCCUGGUUCGAUGUCAUCUUUGAGCGAAUGCAUCAGAUGAAGUCUGGACUUGGCGCGUUCCUCGAUGAGAUGGCACAUGGGACUGGGGAUACUCAGCUCAGACUAUUGAAGGUCUAG